GCCGUGACGAAUCGGCGCCCGGCUGGCAAAUUACCCGAAUUCGGGGAGUUUUGACAAACGUAUGGGGCCUGAAAAAAUACUUGAUUGUACUAAGCACCACCGCGUCCCCACUAGAAGACUUACUUUUCUAAAGAGAGUCGGUUGGGGCCUUGAAAGGAAUUAAGAAGAGUGUUGAAAGUGCGAGCGCGGAAGCUCCGGACGCGAGGGGCGGGGCGUGCGCGGGACAAAGGGAAGCGAGGCCGGAGCUGCGGGCGUUUUUUCUGCCCGCGGUGUCUCAGAUUCAUUCUUAAGGAACUGAGAACUUAAUCUUCCAAAAUGUCAAAAAGACCAUCUUAUGCCCCACCUCCCACCCCAGCUCCUGCAACACAAAUGCCCAGCACACCAGGGUUUGUGGGAUACAAUCCAUACAGUCAUCUCGCCUACAACAACUACAGGCUGGGAGGGAACCCGGGCACCAACAGCCGGGUCACGGCGUCCUCUGGUAUUACGAUUCCAAAACCCCCAAAGCCACCAGAUAAGCCGCUGAUGCCCUACAUGCGGUACAGCAGAAAGGUCUGGGACCAAGUAAAGGCUUCCAACCCUGACCUAAAGUUGUGGGAGAUUGGCAAGAUUAUUGGUGGCAUGUGGCGAGAUCUCACUGAUGAAGAAAAACAAGAAUAUUUAAACGAAUACGAAGCAGAAAAGAUAGAGUACAAUGAAUCUAUGAAGGCCUAUCAUAAUUCCCCCGCGUACCUUGCUUACAUAAAUGCAAAAAGUCGUGCAGAAGCUGCUUUAGAGGAAGAAAGUCGACAGAGACAGUCUCGCAUGGAGAAAGGAGAGCCUUACAUGAGCAUUCAGCCUGCUGAAGAUCCAGAUGAUUAUGAUGAUGGCUUUUCAAUGAAGCAUACAGCUACCGCCCGUUUCCAGAGAAACCACCGCCUCAUCAGUGAAAUCCUUAGUGAGAGUGUGGUGCCAGACGUUCGGUCUGUUGUCACAACAGCUAGAAUGCAGGUCCUCAAACGACAGGUCCAGUCCUUAAUGGUUCAUCAGCGAAAACUAGAAGCUGAACUUCUUCAAAUAGAGGAGCGACACCAAGAAAAGAAGAGGAAAUUCCUGGAAAGCACAGAUUCAUUUAACAAUGAACUUAAAAGGUUGUGUGGUUUGAAAGUAGAAGUGGAUAUGGAAAAAAUUGCAGCUGAAAUUGCACAGGCCGAGGAACAGGCUCGCAAAAGGCAGGAGGAAAGGGAGAAAGAGGCAGCAGAGCAAGCUGAGCGCAGCCAGAGCAGUAUUGUUCCUGAGGAGGAGCCAGCAGCUAAUAAGACCGAAGAAAAGAAAGAAGACGAGAGCGUUCCGAUGGAGACAGAGGAGACACACCUUGAAGAAACGACAGAAAGCCAACAGAAUGGUGAAGAAGGCACGUCUACUCCUGAGGACAAGGAGAGCGGGCAGGAGGGGGUGGACAGUCUGGCAGAGGAAGGGACCAGUGACAGUAACACUGGCUCCGAGAGUAACAGUGCAACCGUGGAGGAAGCACCAACAGACCCCGUACCGGAAGACGGGAAAAAAGAAUAAAUGUUGCCUUGUUUUAUGUGUUCUAAAUACUUUUUUAAAUGAAAAAAAUGUUUUUUGAGUUUUAA